AAGAAUUGUCAAUAAUACUUCAAAUAUUAUCCUGCUCCAGCUCAAAUGACCCUGACGCAGGGGAAAUCUGCACCGCAGCUCUGAAGCGAAAACACUCGAUUAAAGUGGGGAGGCUAAGUUCACCGCCUGGCACUUUGAAACAGAAAACACAAUUCAACGGUUGAGAACUGUUCUUUCUCUACAUUGCAAUUGAGAAGGACAGCAAUCAUGUCCUCCAAACCUCAGAGCGUCAAUGGCUCUGAGAGCGAAUUCGAAUUCAUCGAGACUCCCAAAGCUCCAACGCCUACAUUCGAGAAGUUUGAGGAUUGUGGAGUCAAGACCACUUCCUAUCCUUCAAUUAAGAAUGCUCCCCUCCCCGCAGAUGGCCCUGGAGGUGACAGCUUCUCCAACCUCGUCCUGUUCUCCCUCGUUGCAGGUGUCCCAACAUACUUUGCGUGGAAGAUCGGUGGUGGGUUGAAGACAAGUAUCUUCUUCGGCAUCUUCACUACAGUUCCUAUCCUGAUCAGUUUCUGGUACCUGGCAUCAUCCUUCAGUCCUCGCAAAAAUGAGAAAGUCAAGUUCCCAGGCCGCCCAAUUGAGCAUUACCUUACCUUCAAGAAUGCUGAGGACAAGGCCAAGUACAGUGGACACAGCAAGAUUCCUUACGAGACCUUCUACACCAAGUUCUUCGACGGAGAGGUUGACGUAAAUGGCGAUUGUCUGGAAGUUUUGGAAUAUAGACACGACUGGGCUAGCUUCAGAUUCACUGUGGGUCUGUUCAAGCAUGUCUUCUUAGGUUUCGCACCAGAAAUGAUUAUGCACACUCGGUCUCAAGAUGAAGAACAAGUUCGAGACCACUACGAUCGUGGUGAUGACUUUUACGGCUGGUUCCUUGGUCCACGUAUGGUAUAUACAUCUGGUAUCAUCUCCGAUGAAAACACUGAAGAAACUCUUGAACAACUCCAAGAUAACAAGAUGGCCAUUGUCUGUGAGAAGAUUGGCUUAAAGGAAGGCGAGAAAUUGUUGGAUAUUGGCUGCGGAUGGGGAACCCUUGCCAAAUUCGCCUCUGUCAACUAUGGUGCUAAAGCAACCGGCAUCACUCUCGGCCGCAAUCAAACAGCUUGGGGCAACAACGGACUUCGAAAGGCUGGUGUCUCAGAGGAGCAGAGCAAGAUUCUGUGCAUGGAUUACCGUGAUAUCCCGGUCCCAGAAGGAAAAUACAACAAGAUCACCUGUCUCGAGAUGGCUGAGCACGUUGGUAUGCGACAUCUUACCAGCUUCUUGCAGCAGUGCAAUGACAUGAUGGAUGAUGAUGGAGUCUUCUACCUACAAGUUGCUGGUUUGAGAAAGAGCUGGCAAUAUGAGGAUCUCAUCUGGGGUCUCUUCAUGAACAAGUACAUCUUCCCUGGAGCCGAUGCCUCAUGCCCUCUCAACAAUUAUAUCUCUGCUCUCGAGAGCGCCGGAUGGGAAGUCAAGAAUCUCGAUACCGUUGGUGUUCACUAUUCUGCUACUCUCUGGAGAUGGUAUAGAAAUUGGUUGGCCAACAAGGAGAAGGUAGUUGCGAAGUAUGGGCAGAGAUGGUACAGAAUCUGGGAGUUCUUCCUUGCUUCUUCAACCAUCACUUCCCGCCAGGGUGGAGCUACUUGCUAUCAAAUGACUUUGGUCAAAAACCUCAACUCUACCCACCGUGCUGAUGGGAUUCACACCCAAUUCUCUCUGCAUGGAGCUCUCGCUGCCAGCAAAGCUGCCAACAAAGCUACUUUCCCAAAGAAUGUGGCGGUGUGAGUUCUCAACAAAAGGCGGUCUGAGUCAAUAUAGAAUGGAUUGAACAUACUGGCAAAUGGAGAUAAUGAAUUGAUCCUUUAGAUCAUGAUGCAACGUAUGGGAAGCAGGGAGUUGGCUCUGGCUGUCUUCAUCUUGCUCUGGCGGGAGGCUAUGUCAUGUGACUGUAAAGAAUGUAACGAGCAUUUCGUGCCUAUAAUAGUCCUCAAUUCCAAAAGAUAAUGCUGAAAUGACCAUUUUCUGAGGUGAUGGUCACGGCAUAUGCGUG